ACCGAGCGCUCCUAAACCGGAAAUAGUUGAAAACGCAGUGAGUUGUUUCCCAUUGUGUAUACGCGAGCAUACUAAUGAAAAUAGACCUUUAUCGUUCGUUAAACAUCUUUAAAACUAUCUUAUCAAUUGAGUCAUUCUCACUGACAUUUGGAACAUAAAUAUAACGACAAAUAUGAACGUGACUCUGGCUGUCAAGCAGUACAUUUCCAAAAUGAUAGAGAGCAGCGGACCCGGGAUGAAGGUGCUGCUGAUGGACAAGGAAACAACCAGUAUCGUGAGUGUAGUGUACACACAGUCUGAGAUUCUUCAGAGAGAAGUCUUCCUUUUUGAGCGCAUCGACUCACAAAACAGGGACAAUAUGAAGCACCUUAAGGCAAUCUGCUUUCUUCGGCCAACCAAGGAGAAUGUAGGGCACUUGAUUCAAGAGCUUCGUCGGCCCAAGUAUAGUGUUUACUUCAUCUAUUUCAGUAACGUGAUCAGUAAGAGUGAAAUAAAGGCUUUGGCUGAGGCAGAUGAACAGGAAGUAGUGGCAGAAGUGCAGGAGUUCUAUGGAGAUUUCAUUGCUGUGAACCCUCAUCUCUUCUCCCUAAACCUUCAAGGAGUAUCCAGGGGUCGCAGUUGGGAGCCCAGUGUAUUGCCUCGUGUUACUCAGGGUUUGACAUCAGUGUUGCUGGCCCUGAAGAAAUGCCCCAUGAUCCGCUACCAGCUCUCUUCUGACAUGUCCAAAAGGCUGGCAGAGUCCAUUAAACAAAUCAUUACUAAGGAGUAUGAACUCUUUGACUUCAGAAAAACAGAAGUUCCUCCACUUCUCCUAAUUUUAGACAGAAGUGAUGAUGCCAUUACUCCCCUUCUCAAUCAGUGGACAUAUCAGGCCAUGGUUCAUGAGCUACUGGGCCUCAAUAACAACCGCAUAGACCUGUCAAGAGUUCCUGGAAUCAGUAAGGACCUACGGGAGGUGGUCUUGUCUGCAGAAAAUGAUGAGUUUUAUGCAAAUAAUUUAUACCUGAAUUUUGGUGAGAUUGGAACAAACAUCAAGAACCUGAUGGAGGAUUUCCAGAAGAAAAAGCCCAAGGACAAACAAAAAUUAGAGUCCAUAUCUGACAUGAAGGCUUUUGUGGAUAAUUACCCACAGUUUAAGAAAAUGUCAGGCACGGUCUCGAAACACGUAACUGUGGUUGGGGAGCUGUCUCGCCUGGUCAGUGAAAGACAGCUGAUGGAGGUGUCCGAGGUGGAGCAGGAGCUGGCCUGCCAGAAUGACCACUCCAGUGCACAACAGAAUGUGAGGCGAUUAUUGCAGAAUCCUCGGCUUUCUGAAAUUGAUGCUGUGCGGCUGGUGAUGCUGUACGCGCUUCGCUAUGAGAAACACAACAGCAGUAUUCUCCCCAGCCUUAUGGAGGAGCUCAACCGCAAAGGGGCGUUAGAGAGACACCGCAAGAUGAUACAAGCCGUGGUGGAAUAUGGUGGCAAACGAGUCAGAGGAAGUGACCUCAUGGUUCCUACAGAUGCUGUGGCCAUAACCAAACAGUUUUUCAAAGGACUUAAGGGAGUUGAGAAUGUGUACGCACAGCAUCAGCCGCUACUACAUGACACGCUGGAUCAGCUGAUCAAGGGUCGUUUGAAGGACAGCCAGUUCCCCUACCUCGGGCCAAGUUCUCUUAGAGACAGACCUCAAGACAUUAUUGUCUUUAUUAUUGGUGGGGCCACUUAUGAGGAGGCAUUGACUGUUUAUAACCUGAACCGCACAAUGCCUGGGGUGCGCAUCGUACUCGGGGGCACAACCAUUCACAACACUAAGAGCUUUCUGGAGGAAGUAAUGCUUUCAGUAGGUUCAGGUGGUGACAGAACACGAGGAGGAGGGCGUCAGAUGAGCCGACGUUGAGCUGUUAUCAGCAUAUUAAUGUGCGCUGUCUGUCCUCUGAACCCUGAGCUGAGCACAUUUUUCUUCUUUGUUUCUCACCUGAUAUUCCUUGAAAAUGUUUUGGAUGUUUAAGUUAAGGAAAUUGUAGCAUUGCACGAUAAGGUUUAAUUCAUUAACAUUAUUGAACAAUUAAUAACAAUUUGAACAGCAUUUAUUAAUCUAAGUUCAUGUUAAUUGUAAUAAUGAAUUGUUAAAAAUUUAUCAACAUUAACCUAGAUUAAUAAAUAUUGUAAUAUCAUUCAUCUUUUUUAGUUCAUGAGACCUAAUGUGUUAACUAAUGUAAAUGAUUUGAAACGUAUCGUAAAGUGUUAUUAAAAAAUAUAUAUAAGGAGAAGUGUUGAUGAUGUGUGAAACACUGUAAAUGUGCAUAACUUUUGUGAUCAUAUGUAAAUAAUGUUUUAGAUGACCCAAAAAUGUUCACCGUAUCAGCAUUUUGUAUUAAUUUGCUUGGUGUUGCCUCGUUUGAUUGUUUCUGGACAGAUAACUACUGUAUGUUUCAAAAAAAAAAAUGUAUAUAUACAUAUCUUAUGAACAAAAAUGUAACAGGCUGUUUUGUGUGUAUAUAUUUAACUUUAGUUACAAUAAUGUCAAAUUGUUGAAUCAAAUGUUUCCAUCAAGGCUGGAAAAAUCAAACAAAAUCUGUUUGUUUCAAGCAAAAUUCUAAAACAUUUGUAUUUUAGAAAAAAAAGUGGUGAACUGUAUUCUUUGUUGUCAUUAUUUCAUCCCUAUCCAGCUAAAUUAAAAGACAUGCUGCAGAUAUGUAGACAUAUAUAAACUUGUCUUCUCGUAAUUAGCUAGAGCUUAUUAAUUCAAUCAGUGCACAAUAACUGUAAUAUUAAUGUCUAAUAUCAAAGUCUUUUAACAACUUGUAUAUGGCCUUUCAGUUAUAAAAUGUUUUAUGACAGUUCUUGGUAGAUAAAUUGCAACACACUAUCUUUGUACAGGUGCAUCUCAAUAAAUUUUAAUGUUGUGGAAAAGUUCAUUUAUUUCAGUAAUUCAACUCAAAUUGUGAAAAAUUGUGAAAACUUGUGUAUUAAAUAAAUUCAAUGCACACAGACUGAAUUAGUUAAAGUCUUAGGUUCUUUUAACUGUGAUGAUUUUGGCUCACAUUCUAACAAAAACCCACCAAAUUCACUAUCUCAGCAAAUUAGAAUACUUCAUAAGACCAAUAAAAAAAAUUAAAAUUUAGUGAAUUGUUGACCUUCUGGAGAGUAUGUUCAUUUACUGUACAUGUACUCAAUACUUGGUAGAGGCUCCUUUUGCUUUAAUUACUGCCUCAAUUCGGCGUGGCAUGGAGGUGAACAGUUUGUGGCACUGCUGAGGUGGUAUGGAAGCCCAGGUUUCUUUUACAGUGGCCUUCAGCUCAUCUACAUUUUUUGGUCUCUUGUUUCUCAUUUUCCUCUUGACAAUAGCCCAUAGAUUCUCUAUGGGGUUCAGGUCUGGUGAGUUUGCUGGCCAGUUAAUCACACCAACACCAUGGUCAUUUAACCAGCUUUUGGUGCUUUUGGCAGUUUGGGCAGGUGCCAAAUCCUGCUGGAAAAUGAAAUUAGUAUUUUCAAAAAAAACAAUGGACCGACACCAGCAGAUGACAUUGCACCCCAAAUCAUCGCCCCCUAAGUUUGUCUGUGAUUCAGCUAAUUUCUUGACACGUCUGUGUGUGGUGGCUCUUGAUGCCUUGACCCCAGCCUCAGUCCAUUCCUUGUGAAGUUCACUCAAAUUCUUGAAUCGAUUUUGCUUGACAAUCCUCUUAAGUCUGUGGUUCUCUCAGUUGGUUGUGCAUCUUUUUCUUCCACACUUUUUCCAUCCACUCAACUUUCUGUUAACAUGCUUGGAUACAGCACUCUGUGAACAGCCAGCUUAUUUGGCAAUGAAUGUUUGUGGCUUAUCUUCCUUGUGAAGGGUGUCAAUGGUUCUCUUCUGGACAACUGUCAGAUCAGCAGUCUUCCCCAUGAUUGUGUAGCCUAGUGAACCAAACUGAGAGACCAUUCUGAAGGCUCAGGAAACCUUUGCAUGUGUUUUGAGUUGAUUAGCUUAUUGGCAUGUCACCAUAUUCUAAUUUGUUGAGUGAAUUGGUGGGUUUUUGUUAAAUGUGAGCCAAAAUCAUCACAGUUAAAAGAACCAAAGACUUAAACUACUUUAGUCUGUGUGCAUUGAAUUUAUUUAAUACACAAAUUUCACAAUUUGAGAUGAAUUACUGAAAUAAACGAACUUUUCCACGACAUUCAAAUUUAUUGAGAUGCACAUGUAUAGUCUAAAUUGGGUAAAAUUUUAGCUUUGUAUAAAACCGCUUUAUUUUUAUAUCUUGGUGUCUUUUUUCGUAUGUCCUACUAAUUUCUUUGCCUUUAAAGAAAUGGACAGCAUAGUACAUGACAAUAUUUUAUAGUGGUCUUAAAUAAAUGAACAGAAAAAUUGGUAUCAAA